AUGUCUGCCGCACCAGUGAGUCCAUCUUUAAAAGAUCUUCCAAAAGUAAACACCGAUCUUAAAUCACAAUUGGAAUGUUUCAAUCAAAGAAAUUUAAAAGAUGUCAACACAUUAGAAAAAAAUAUUUUGCCAUCUGCUCAAGAUGUGGCAGCAGAAAAGACUCAAAAAGCUCUUCUAGAGGGCGUCGAAGCUUUCGAUACGAGUAAACUUAAACACACGGAAACAAAUGAAAAAAAUCCACUUCCGGACAAAGAAGUCGUUUACCAAGAAAAAGUUCAUCAGAAACUUUUCGACGGAGUCGAACAUUUCGAUAAGAAAACAAUGAAACACGCGGAAACGCAAGAAAAAAAUCCUCUGCCGGAUCGCGAAGUCAUCGAAUUAGAAAAGGAUAAAAUGAAAUUCAUUAGCGGUAUCGAAAGUUUCGAUCCGACGAAAUUGAAACACACGGAAACAUUGGAAAAAAAUCCAUUGCCAACGAAAGAAGUUAUCGAUCAGGAAAAGAAGGCCUAA